GCUGGCUGAGAUUCAUAGGGGUUGCUGGAAGGGAAGCUAAUGUCUGUCACAAUCCCAAAGUAAUAGCGUGGGAGGGUUUUGUAUGGCUGCCUUUCCAGCCUUCCUUUAUAUCUCCGCCUCCUCUUCAUGGUGUGACUAAGCAAGCUGGGCUUUUGUUCUGCUGGGAUCAGACCAGACAAGUCACUAGUAAGUGCUUUAUUUCUAUUUGUACAUUUAACAGUUUUUGUGACAUUUGGGUGAAGUAUUUUAUGUAUAGCAUGUAAAGGGGUAGAGCGAGGUCUUGUCCUUUAAAUGGCCACCACUUUCUGUUUCCGUAACCUUGACUAAUGUCACGCCAUUCCCUUCCUGCAUACUUGGAUAGAUCAUAUAUCCCCCUCUAACUGGUCAUGUUUGGAGAGAUCACAUGUCCCCUCUAACUGGUCAUGUUUGGGGAGAUCACAUGUCCCCUCUAACUGGUCAUGUUUGGGGAGAGCACAUGCCCCCUCUAACUGGUCAUGUUUGGGGAGCUCACAUGUCCCCUCUGGACAUUUUGGGGAGAUCACAUGUCCCCUCUGGUCAUAUUUGGGGAGAUCACAUGUCCCUCUAACUGGUCAUGUUUGGGGAGAUCACAUGUCCCCUCUAACUGGUCAUGCUUGGGGAGAUUAUAUGCCCCCUCUAACUGGGCAUGUUUAGGGAAAUCAUAUGUCCCCUCUAACUGGGCAUGUUUAGGGAGAUCACAUGUCCCCUCUAACUGGGCAUGUUAAGAGAAACUCUGUGCUGCAGAAAUGCAUUGCACUCACUGCUUGAUGCAUCCUUCAUAAACAUCCCUAGUUAAUUUUAGGGAUUGCAUGUAUGGUUCUGUGUGUAGAUGGAUUUGAACUAGAGAACUUGAUAAAUUGCCAUAUUUAUCAAGGCAAAGUAGGUGAUGUUCUAAAUACAGUGAAGCAUUCUACUGAUAGAGAUACAUACAUGUGUAUAUAUAUCUCUAUUAGCUCGUAUAAACCCCUUAUUGUAGCACGCCUGUUUUUAUUAUAGGUGAGUAAUAAAGCCGGUAGCUUUUUAACGUUUACCUUGCCAGAAAUGUAGGGUGCAGUUUUGGAAGCCUGUCAAAGCUGUUUUAGGAGUUUCCCAAAUAGUUAUUUUCUAAUUUCUGUUGUACUUGUCAGAUGAUGGGUGGUGGGAAUCAUGAGGAAUGUUUAUUUGGAGAAUUUUUGAGGCACCACACCUUUUGUGUGAAGAGAUUUAUUUUAUGGUACAAAGUGUUCUGCUAUCAAAUAAACUAUCUACCUCCCCUUAUAUAUAUUAGAAUGGCUGGUGGUAAUGUGGAAAAGUGACUAAAAUUGCACGAGUUUGCAUAUGACAUGGGGCUAGGGUUACCAGAUUCAAGUUCAGGUAAUCCAAAAUAGCAUACCUCCCAAGUGUCCCUAUUUAGGAGGGACAGUCCCUAGUAUGGGCCCAAAUCCCUCUGACCCUCUUACCUUUGCGGUCACUACUGUUGGUGUGUAUAACAGAGCUUCACAGCAAUAAUUCUCACAGUACAAUAAAUAUGAGAAAUCAGUCUGUAUAAAUAUGAUGUAUUGUUUUUGUUCUAAAUUAUAUUUUAGUUGCAUAAAUUGUACUUUAGUAAAUCACCUAAAAAUUUCUCAGCACAGUCUGCCCCUGGCCACGCCCCUAAAAUUAAAGUGUCUCUCUUUGUCCAUUUGAAAUGUUGGGAGGUACGAAAAGUUAUUUUCUAUAUAGGAAUUGUGAGGACAUGGAAUCAAUAGAUAAAAUAAUUGACAAGGGAAGCCCAGGGAUAUGAGGAUUGUGAAGUGUGGAAGGAGGGAAGAGCAGAAUGACAAUAGGCAGUGUACCUCUCCCGAGAUGGAGCACUGAAUCCGGCCCUUAUUUGGGACGUAGGAUUUAGCAUCCUGGGGUCCUGGGCAACUUUAAUCUGGCUCUACCUGCUUUUUUUUAUUUUAUUUAUUUUUUCUUGAUACAUUUUUGGCCUUUUACCAAUAAGCGGAAAUAUAGUUGGUUGGGCACUCCCUUACAACUGGUUCCAAGCCCCAUCUGCACCUUUUCCACAGGUUGUCAUUGUUGGGACUGUCAGUGACUCAACACUUUUUUUUUUUUUUAAUAUAAAAGAUUAAGAUUUUUCUUAUGCAAUAGCCUGAAACCUGUUUUUUUCUGGGAGGUUCUAAAUAAGGGAUUGAUAGACAGGACAAUAUCACUGUUGAUUGCUUUCCCUUAAAGGAACACUCUAACAUUAAAUUAUUCUUGUUAGGUUAGAGUAGUUUCUUUUUUUUCUUUUUAUUUAGAUUUGUCUCAUAUCAAACGUGAAGACCUUCAAAUACUCAAGUUCUUAAGGAGGAGUCGCCUCUAGUAACUAGCUGUCACACAGCAACUAAGAGAUUUUUAGCCAAACAUAAACAUUGCAGUUUCUCAGAUAAUAUGGCUGUUGUUUAUAGUCCAAUACUUUCAGGACACUGGGGAUAAAAAAUUUUUUUUUAUAGAGAUGGCAUCAUCAUAGAGAUGAAGUGGUCUGGGUGCCUAGAGUGGUCCUUUAAGUGGUCUGGGUGUGGUGAUGCUGUCGUUUCAACCAUGGAAUGUAAAACAUUGCCGUUUUGUACAAACAGCAGUGGAAGGGAUAUCUACAUCUUUUCCCGAAAGUCACCGUUGGGGCCUCCUCCAACACAACUGAGUCAAACACAGUCCUGCAAUCAAAUGCUGCUUAUUGUAGCAUCCGAUUGGAGGAGUGCAGCAUUCUGCUCAACAUACUUAUCUGUAAUUCAUUGCCGAUAUCUUUGAAGGCAGUAUAGGUGGUUACAGCAAAGGAAUCUCUGUGCUGGAAACGAGGUAAGUAAUCAUUCUUUCACCUAAUUUUUUAUUUAUUUUUAAAUAUUAAAGGGGGGGACAGAAGGGAACAUAUAGUCCGGAGAGGAAAAAUGUUUUUGGGACUACAGGUUCCCUUUUAAAGUGUGAAUUUAUGGAAAAUCAAAGUAAAUGUGAAAUAUAAAGUCAAAAUAGGUAGACCGGGGGGAAAAAUCAACCUGGUUAUUGUGGACUAUAACUUGAAAUUCAGUUUGAAAUCCUAACAGUUCACAUUUUAGUGAAUAACUCUGGGUAUGUCACACCGCCGGUAAACCAUGAUUGCUUUUUGUGUAUGGUAAUUCAUUAGAAUCACCCAAUCUCUGCUGUUUUGGACUAUGACCGCAAAUGUACAUUUUUAUUGAAUUAUGGUUUUACCAACACAAAAUAAAUAAUUUUGGGUUAAUUUUUGGCUCACUUGCACUAAAGCCAGUGAGAGAGCACUUGGAGGUUAUGUAUAAAAAGUGAUGCAACUGGUUUCACGCCAAAAUUGUAUUGCAUUUUCUAUUUGUGCCAAUAAUGAAGGGGUGAAUAUUUUUUUUUAUUAUUUUAAUCGGGCUGCUGAUGUUUUAAAAACUAUUUGAUUUGCAGCUUUUUAUUAUUAAUCUCAUGUUUUUACAGACAAAAAGAUCAGUAGUUACAAUUGUGGAAGGUCAAGUCUUGUUUUGCCACUUAUUGACAGUCACUUAAUAUAAAGUCUCCUCUCCCCAAUACCUAGUCCAAGCCUCUAUUACAUUAUUCUGUUCUGAUAAUGUUUUAAUAAUGAAUAUAAUGUAGUCCUUUUUUAACCUCUAUAUUUCAUCAAAAACACGACUUUGAUGGACAUUUAUCAAAGUGUUUUGUUGGGCAUUCACCAUGGAAACCAGUGAAACCCGCACAUUCCAUUGGCGACUAUACCCAUUUUACAUGUUUACACCGCUUUAAAAAAAAAAAAGUAUAAAUCUCAACCAAAAUCUGCUGAACUGUAUAAUGUUUUUGUAUUAAAUUGCAUUUUUUUUCUUCUCCAAUGUAGUCAUAUGGCCUGAAAUUUGCUAUUUGCUUAACUAUUUAUUCUUUAGUAUUUCUUUUCCACCAGUUUGGUAAAAAAAAAUAAAACUUUAAUUCUUAAGCUAUCUGUUUACACUUGUUAGAUUCAAGAUGGUGGUCUUAUCAAAGGAGCAUGGGUACGUGAUCCUGACAGGCGCUGCCAGUUUCAUUAUGGUUGCCCACCUGACAAUAAAUGUGAGCAGGGCCCGUAAGCUCUAUAAAGUAGAGGUGAGUUGUAAAGUUUUUUUGUUUUUGUGUGUUUAAUGAUUUUUUUUUUUUUUUAAGCCUUCAGUUUAGAAGUAUCAUAAUAUAAUUUCUGAGAAGUAAUAUAGUGUAUUAUAACUUAUUUAUAGCACUGUGCAGUGGGUAAAUGAAACAAGUGAUUUUGCUAAAAAUAAGCUCUGGAUAAAUUAAAGAGAUAAGGCCAUACUCAAAGGUGCACAUGGUCUAAAGCAGACCUGCACAACUUGGAAGUGGGUAGGGGCCAAAAUUAAAUGGCCUAAACUUCUUCAGGCCGCAGAUUAGGUUUUUAGUGCCUUACCAAGUAAUGAUAUAAACUUUCAUAUAAAAAGACAGACAGAACACACACACACAUCAGUGUGUGUUAUCUGUGUGCAGGCUCUGGUCCAGGGCUGUAAUUCAGGACAGAGAGAGGUCUUGGAGGAAGUGAAUAAAUUGAGAUGACUCACAAAUAUUCAAUUUCUGUAAAAUAUACUUUUAUAUAGUUUGUGGGAGUGAGGUACAGUUAUAAUCCAAAUGAUUCAAUCCCCAUUUGGAGGAAGAAGAAUGAAAAGUAUACUCUGCCUACAGUUAAACCCGGUGGUGGCUCAGUGAUUCUCUGGGGCUGUUUUUCAUCUUCUGGCACUGGAAACCUGCAGGGUGUGGAUGGCAAGAUGGAUUCAUUGAAGUAUUAGGAAAUCCUAGGAAAAAAACAUUGUGCCAUAUGUGGAAGCUGAAGCUUGGGUUUCAAUGGACCUUCCAACAAUACAAUGAUCCUAGCGUACCUCAAAUUCCACCUAGGUUUGGUCGAGGAAGAAGCCCUGGAAAAUUCUACAGUGGCAAUCAGUCACCUGACUUGAACACCAUAGAAAAUCUCUGGUGGGAUUUAAAGAAGGCGGUUGCAGCAUGCAAACCCAAGAAUCUUGCUGAACUGGAGGCUAUUGCGGAAGAUUCCUCAGGAACUUUGCCAGGUGCUGUUGUCUGGCAUCUUGUUUGCAGUAGGUCACAGCAGCGAAAUAGUGCUCUACUAAUUAAUGAAGAUGGUUGCCAUGAAGGGGUUGAAUAGUUUUUAAAACUGGAGAAGUCAUUUAUAAGUUGCAUUUUCAGUUGAAUUUGGAGAUACUAUUUAACCCUUUAAGGACUGAGCCAAUUGUACACGUUGUGAUCUAAACAAAGCCCGUUCAAGCGUAAUUCACCUCUUUCAUAUUAUGUGCACCCACACUUAUCAUAUAUAAAUUUGCGCAGGAGAAACAGGGCUUUCAUGUCACAUCAAAUAUUAGUAUAUUAAGCAUAAUUUAAUAUGAAUAAAAUGUAAGAAUGUAAGAACUUUUUUUUAAUUCUGCAUGGCAUUUUAACUGUGAAUGUCAUAAUACUGUUUGCUGUUACUGCAGUAAGGUACACAUAUUUGUAUUCAGCGAUGUCUCACGGGUAAAUCAGUACCCCCUAUGUACAGGUUUUAUGGUGUUUUGGAAAGUUACAGGGUCAAAUAUAGCCUGUUACAUUUUUUCAGUUUAUACACAUAGAAAUUUACCAGACUGGUUAUGUUGGCUUAAAUUUGAAAAUAACUUUUUUAUUUUUUAUUUUUUUUUUUAUAGAAUUUUUGAUGUGUCACUUUAGUGAAUAUGAAUUUAUUUUAAUUCAUUUUAUAAAUAAAACCUGCAAAAAUAGCUGAUCUUUAAAAAGAAAAUAAUUCUCCUGCUCAGGCAUAAUCAAAACAUGACUAUUUUUGCCUCUGGUUUGCCAUUUGGAUUUAAUUUGGAAUUUAGUGAACAACUCUGAUAGUGUUUGUGAAUUUCAGUCCUGCAGAGCUAACCGUUUUUUUUUGUUUGUUUACUCAGUACCCCACUAUGUACAGCGAUGACCCAGAAAAUGGAAAAAUAUUCAACUGCAUCCAGCGGGCUCACCAAAACACGUAAACUCAUUUAAAUUUCUUUUAAAAAAAUAAUAUAGUUUUGCUUAGUCCUAACUUUUUUAUGUUUUUCUCUAUGAAGAUUAACAGUUUAUACCAGUGAUGGCUAAGCUUGCCACUCCAAGUAUCUGACAUACAAUUUCAUGAUACAUUUUUAAUUUGUGUAUAAUUAAAGCUGUGCUGGCAUAGAAUAUAAAGUUCAGAUGUGCUGGGAUUCUGUAUGCACACACUGGGAUUCACAGGAAAAAUGCAUUAUUUUACACGUACACAUAUACAGAGCAUCUCUGGAAUGAGCCAAGCAUUACUGCAGAGAUAUAUGUAUUAGCUCCUCCUGAAUAAAACAGGAACUAUCUUAAUAGAAAGUUCUUCUUUGAAGUGGACCUUCUGAUGUUUACCUGACUAAGGUCAGUGUUCUUGGCUUGGUUUCUGUAUGAUUUAUUUAUUCCAGCCCUGUGGUGAAGCUGAUAAAUUCUGGCGUGACAGCCGGGAGGGAGGUGACCUAAGGACAGAUGAUAUAACUGUGCAGAGUUUAGAUGCUGUGGGUUGUAUUUAAAAUGUAUGUAUAUAGUAUUAUUAUUUGUAAUAUAUUUUAUUUUUCUGAUUUAACCUAAUCAAUAUAAUCUAUUACAUUUUUGCUGUUACACAUAUAUCAACCUGGCUACAUUGGUCUUAGAAAGUAUUUGUGGUGUUUCAUCGCCACUUAGUGAAAGCCAGAAAAGUUUACCUAUUGUGUUACAGUGGAGUUCAGUACACUCCAUCACUGUAGAGUUAAACACAUUCUGUGAACAGACCUACCAGGAGCUCAUGAUUGUGUGGUGUCUUUCAGCCUGGAAGUUUAUCCGGCAUUCCUGUUCUUCCUGGUUGCUGGAGGACUUACACAUCCGGUAAGAAAGUAUGCAACAAAUAUUAUUGACAAAUAAAGCUAGAAUUUCAUUGUUAACACUAAAAGAUGAGGCACAUAAGCACUUUCCAGAAGCACAUGCACAAUGUAAUGAGUUAUUUAAAUUAUUUUUGUACCGUAAAUUGCCUUUAAUUUUAUACAGCUCUAACUGCUUUAAAAUUAAAUCUAUAACACUUUUUUGAGAAAUUUGCUUUUCAUUCUAUGCCUUUUUAGUAAUAUGUUACAUCUGUUAAAUGCAGACUUAAAAUAUUUUUGGGUGAAUGUUUGGAAUACAUUUCUGAACAAUGUGAUCUUUUAGUAAUUCAAACUUGUUUAUUUGCCCUCUAACACAAAUUUUUAAGUGUUUAGCACCUCUGACCCUUGCAAAAGGGCAUUCUGUGCUUCUACGUAUUUGUCCUUUGACAUACACUAUUUUUACUUAGUAUAUUUUUAAUUAUAAAAUGUAUACACACACACGUCCUAGGGCACUUCUCCAAUGAUAUUCUCUCUGUUCAGGUAAUCCCUGGCAGAAACCAUGAAUAUUAAUUAACUGGGGAAUGCUCGUGGUUUUUACUUCCGUGCGGACUUACAUAAACUAUACGUUUUACAAAAUAUGCAUAUUGCUGUGAUGGACAAUUCAGUCCUCCAUCCAGGAUUGAGAUAUAAAUUAUACACCUUUUUAAAGAAAAUAAAAAAAUCGGGGCUUGUUCUGUAGGGACUAGUCUGUAAUGACCGCAAGUGUAGCUUCAAAAACAUUGAAUUGAUUAUUCCUUUUUAACUAAGCUUUGUUUCUGUGCUCACUCACUGUCUAUACCUUCUCUUGUUUUAUAGCGUCUAGCUAGCACACUAGGAGUUGCUUGGAUUGUUGGUAGAGAAUUGUAUGCUUAUGGAUACUAUACGGGAGGUGAGUAUUGUUUUAUUGUCAAUCACAAAUUUUAAAAAAGAUAGUUAUUUACGAGAGAAACCCUUAAUUUAAUAAUCCCGUUCAGGCAGUCACUGACAGUUCUGCCCUUCAGUAUGUAGAAUGCAUCAGCUCUUCUUGUGAAAUCAACUUCCAAGAGGUACAAUCAAUAAUUAAUUCAUAUCACAUCAGAAGCAUGUGAAUUCAUUGUAGUGCUAAGCAGCACUUUCAAGCAGAGCAACCUUCAUAAAUUUUAAGCAUUUUGCAUAAAUAUGGUGAUAGGUUCUUAAUUUUAAAGCUUCAGUUCUUGAGAUGCCCCUACAAGGAAAAUAAACAUUUUACAUUAAAGGGACACUAUAGUCACCAGAACAACUAAAGCUUAAUGUAGUUGUUCUGGUUAGUAUAGUCAGUCCCUACAGGCUUUUUGCAGUAAACAGUCUGUUCAGAGAAAAGUGUUUUUACAUUGCAGCCUAGGGACACCACUAGAGGCCAAUCCUCAGACUCCUGUGUCAGUGCUGCACAGUUUGCAGCACUGAUGUUCAGUGUCUGCAUGGAGACACUGAACUUUCUUCAGAGAUACUUUCAUUCAAUACAUCUCCAUGAGGAGAUGCUGUUUGGCCAGGAUUGCAUUUAGCUCCACCGCCAGCCCACCUCCUUGGCUGAGAUCAUCCCUAUGGGAAAACAUUGUAAAUGGCUGACAUUAUCACUGAUCACAUCUUCAGUUUUCUAGUUAUGUGGGCCUAGCAUAUUUUUCUAACACUAUAGGGUCAGAUGUACCCAUGACCCUAUAGUGGCUAUUUAAAUAUUUUCUGCACUAUACAUUCCAUAGCCUGUACAACUGUUAAAACCUAAAAAGAGUAUGAAGAUUCAGGAGGUUUUUGAUUUCCACAUGCAAUGGUGAAUAAACUUUAAAAUUCAUUGGCAUUUCAAAGAACUGAAGGAAAUCUUAACUAGAGCUACAAAAAGUGGUUGGUUGAGUAUUUCUCUCUAAAGAAGCACAGAGAGAAUUUUGCAAAGUGCUGCCAUCCAAGUUUUGUAGAUAUUUGUCUCUGCUCCUCUCUUCUACUAUGAAGAGAAACAAAAGAUCUUGCCUACUUGAAUCUAACCUGGGCAUUAAAUCUAACUUAAAGUGAGGAACAUAUACAGAUCUAUAUGAAUCAGCAGAACGAGGAUAAGCAAGUUGUAAGAGCUUUCAUACACAGAAGAGAAAAGACAGCCACUAGAGACAGUCUUACAUUGCAUGGUUAAAGGGACAGACAUUGGAUCCAGAAAACCUUUUUAAGAUGACAUUGUCUGGGCCUAUAGUGUCUUUAGUAUCAGCAAGUUUGGAAAGAAGACAUAGGUUUCGUGAAACAUACUUGCUGAAUAAACUAGGAAUCAACCAAUUUUUUUUUUUUUUUUUAGAGCCGAUAACGAUAAUCUGUGAACUUUCAGGCCAAUAGCCAAUAACUUACCAAUAUUCUGUACAUUUACCAUUUUAGAAAAAAUAAACUAUUUCUAAAGGUAAAUGCACAAGAUAUACAUGCCACAUGUAGUGGAUGCAGUGUGUUUAGACAGGGGAGCUGUGUGUGUUUGUGUAGUGUGUGUGUGUGUGUGUGUGUGUGUAUAUAUAUAUAUAUAUAUAUGUAUAUAUAAUGAAUGCAGUGUGUUUGUUUGUCAUGGGCCGGGCGGUCCUGAUCGGCAAUAUCGGUAUCUUUAUUGGCCAAUACCGAUAUUGCCGAAAAGACAUAAUAUUGUCCAGACCGAUAAUCGGUUGAUCCCUAGAAUAAACUAUGUAUAAGCUAAGAAAUUAGAGUAGUAAAUUGUUUCAUUUAUUUUUUCUAUUCUAAAUGUACACAUCUCAAUAUUGAUCAUAUGGAAAAUUACUUUUCUUUGUUUUAAUAAUUAUUAUUAGAUCCCAGCAAACGGACGAGGGGUGCAAUUGGCUCAUUUGCUCUUUUGGGUCUCUUGGGUACUACUUUCUGCUCAGCCUUCAAAUUGCUUGGUUGGUCAUUGCACCCGAAGACUUGGUGUUGAAUGUGGAAUCACUUGAAAGAUGGGACCAGAUUCUUUCAAAAAGAAGCCAGUCCGUAUUGUUCAAACCCCUGUUCUAUGUCCCUCCUCACUUAAAGGAGUGCAUUUGCCAGGGCCUACAAGUCUUUAAUUAAAUUUUGCCAUCACAAAUUUGUAUUUUCUAAUUAAAAAUCUUAAAAAUCACUUUGUUUGAUAACUUUGUAUCAGAUCACAUAGAAAAAAUUAUCUCCAUAUGUUUGUGUAAUAAGCGAAACUAUAGGCACAAAAACAACUUUUAGCUUAAUAAAGCGGUUUUGGAGUAUAGAUCAAUCAUCUGUCAUAAGAAUUAAAUCACUUUGUUUAUUCAAGUCUAGUCCCACCUCCCUGUAUGUGUUACCCGGUUUCAGUACUCUAUUGCAAUAAUGGAAUGAAUAUAGUGUCUUAUUUACAGUUUAGUAGCAAAUGCUGAGCUUAAACUUCAAACACCAGGUAUGUGAACAGAGAGACAAGGAUAGUGCACACAGAAACCAUUGGAAAAUUGUAUACUGUUUAUUUGAAUUGCACUUCCAAAAAUAAAAUGUGCAUUUUAGCAAAAUAAGAGUAUUCUAAGUGGGUUAAAGUGUCUGACAAGAUAGACUGUUAAACAGCCUAUGGUCCAGAUGUCACUCUGAAAGCAAGGAGCUGCUCCUCAUCCUAUAAAUCACGAGAGGGUAAAAUCAAUGGGGUUCAUAAAGUAAAAACUGUGUGGAGCUGACUACACGAGCCGGGCAUUUUAGGCCAAGAUGGAAACAUUAUCCAGUUCUGUUUUGAUAUAAAAUUUAUAACACACUAGUCAAUUCUCUACAAUUUGGGUUUAUUGAAUAUAACUUGAUUACUACUUUUUUAGACCUAUGAAACAUUACUGGGAAGGUGAAUUUGUCAUACUAUCUCAUAGCAGUAUUAAGAUCGUGUUCAGAGAAUAUGAGCAUGCCCACAUCUAGAAAGCCGACUCAACUUUCCCCAUCUCCACACAGACUGUCUUGAGCUGGGAGUAGUAUUCAAUGGCAACUUGCCCAUUCUCCCGGCCAAAACCUGCAAACACAGAAUUCAAUAGAAUUAACAGCAUUCCAAUGUACUACAAACC